AUGCUGCUCCAGCCAAGAACACUUGAAUACUUCGAGAAGCCUGCCCGCGGCAGCUACAACAGGUGCUAUUUCGUCAAGUUUGACAGUGAGAAGUGGGUAAUCCGCGUGCCCCUGGCACCCUGCCUAGCGUUUGGAGGAAAGAAUAAACUUGAGAACGAGAUUGCUACGAUGCAUUUGGUAGCGGAAAAGACGACUAGUCCAAUCCCGAAGAUGUAUGCGUCACAAAAAACAAAAGAUCAUGGGUGGAAAUCUAGCAAAAAGCUUGCCGAUGAGCCGAGUCGAAGACAGGUCAUCGGGUACGAAAAACCACUUUCGCAGUUGCGCAAGUUCUCCAUACAUUCACUUCAGUCUUCACUUCAGUCUUCACUUCAGUUGGGGCGUCAGUGUAUCAUCAACGACGAUGACCACACCAACCACGACGACCACGACCCCCUGUUAACAUCAGCUAAUAACUACGUGGCAAUGCUACUAGAUAUCGCAGACAACGCCUUUGCAGAGGGCCGGAGCAGCGUCUUUGAAGACGAAGUCGGGGCGGCACUCUAUCACCUCCACAUCUUCCAUCAGUACGCCGCUGAGAAAUGGCUAGAUCACCGCCUUGAUCAAGGCCCAUUUUUCUUGGUCCAUGACAUGGAGGUCGUCUCUCUCCUAGAUUGGGAAUGGAGUCGUGUGGUGCCUCGCCAGUUCUUCAAUCAUCCAUUGUGGCUCGGAAAACCCGACACUACAAAGCUGGCUUAUAAUUUCGCCUACCAGGACUAUCUGGAGCUCUUCGAUCAGUUCCAGGCCAUUGUGAGGACCCGACAGCGCGAGAGAUACGGGAAUGAGCUGCUGCCAGACGAGUGGGUGGAGGCGAAAGUGGACAGCGGGUUCCUCGUUGCCAAUGCCUUGAAAAACCAACUGAUAUGGACUGGGAUCAAUCUGGGGGAGCGUGUGAAGGCUUUCAUGGAUGACGAUCCAGUUCGAAAAGACCUGAUUGCAAGGAAACUGCGGGAAGGCAAUUCUUACAAGGCCGAGGUGGAUCGACUCAAGGACACCAACUUAUCUCGUAAGGUGGAAAUAUCAACCACAUGA